AUGCAGGUAGAGAGAGUACAAGCUUUGUCCCAUGGAGGCCUUCACGAGCUACCUGCACAAUUCAUCCGGCCAGCCCACGAGAGGCCGGAGAACAGCAAAGCAAUCGAAGGAAUGACAGUGCCCGUGAUCUCAUUAUUGCUGCCACACGAUGAGCUUGUGCAUGAACUAUCAAAGGCGUGCAGCGAGUGGGGAGUUUUCCUCAUGACUGAUUAUGGAAUCUCUGCAUCUUUGAUUCCGAGGCUGCAAACAGCUGGGCAGGAGUUCUUUAACCUGCCUCCGGAGGAGAAAGAAAGCUAUGCAAAUGAUCCUUCCACAGGGAAUUUUGAAGGGUACGGGACAAAGAUUACCAAAAAUCUUGAGGAAAAGGUUGAAUGGAUAGACUACUUUUUUCAUCUCAUGUCACCUCCUUCUAAGGUUAACUAUGAAAUAUGGCCCAAGAACCCUCCUUCCUACAGGGAAGUGACAGAGGAAUUCAAUGUGGAAAUACUGAGGGUAACUGAUAAGUUAUUGGAGCUAUUCUCACAGGGAUUAGGGCUGGAAGGGAAGAUUUUAAAGUCGAGUUUGGGCAGUGAAGAAAUUGAACUUGAGAUGAAAAUAAACAUGUAUCCACCAUGCCCGCAACCUGAGUUGGCCCUUGGUGUUGAACCCCACACAGAUAUAUCUGCCCUCACAAUACUGGCUCCAAAUGAUGUUUCAGGCCUUCAAGUUUGGAAAGAUGGCCAUUGGGUAGCCGUGAAUUACUUGCCAAAUGCACUUUUUGUCCACGUUGGUGAUCAACUUGAGGUACUAAGCAACGGGAAGUACAGAAGUGUUCUCCACAGGAGCUUGGUGAACAAGGAAAGAACCCGCAUGUCAUGGGCCAUCUUCUGUGUGCCUCCAGCUGAAGCAAUCAUAGGUCCUCUUCCAGAUCUCUUGGACGACAAAAACCCAGCCAAAUAUUCAACCACAACAUAUGCUGAAUUCCGGUACCGUAAAUUCAAUAAGAUCCCCCAGUAG